GCGGGCUGCACGCCCGGACCACCGACUGGGUCGCUGCCCUGGCCCCUCGGACGACGGAUCCGUCGUCCCGGGCUGUCGGUCGAUGCGAACGGUGCUUGAGCGGAUCUCAACUGCAUCCUGUCGGCGGCCCGCUUCCGAAUCGCAUCCGAUACUGUAUCUGAUACAUCCUCUGAUAUUACAUCGGAUAGAUCUUCUGAUACUGCUUCUGAUAUUGCAACCCAACCCGCAACCCAACUGCCCUGUGAGCCCGCACGCCAUCCGCCAUGGCCGAAUCCAAUCUCGAGACCCGUCGGGUCGUCAUUCUGGGCUCGUCGGCCUCCGGAAAGACAUCGCUUGUGAAUCGGGCUGUCCACAAUUCGUUUGCACACGAUUACUGCCAGACCUUUGGAGCCGAUCUUACUGUCAAAACCGUGAUCGAUGGGCAGAAGCGGGUGCUCCACAUGUGGACAUGCGGCGGACAUGAGCGCUACCGCCCAUUGCUGGAGCAGUUCUGCAUCGAUGUGCAUGCUGCCUUGAUAUGCUGCGAUUUGCUGAGCAUGCUGUCGUUCCAGGAGCUGUCAUACUGGUUCAACGAGAUCAAGAGACUCUCUCCGGACGCAAUUAUUCUCCUCGUCGGCACUAAGUCCGACGAGACUGACAGCAUGGCAGUCAAGGUCCAGGAUCUCAUGAAGGUUGCGCAAGAAUGGGGCGUCGAUUUCAAGGCUGUCUCUGCAAAAACUGGGGCCGGUGUCAACGAGCUCUUUGAUUUAGUGGUGCAGACGGUAUCGUGAAGUAGGAAUGAUCACCUGCAGUAAGACCGGCAGUGUGUCGGCCAGCUCUGUGGUGGCAUCGCCCAUUCCGGCUGCAGCUCCAGGGAAAGAAAGCGAGCCUUUGUCCAAACUCGUUGAGCGCGAGGUCGAUCAUCGUGAACAACGAUCGAUUUGCGCGCUGUGGAAGUAUUCCUGGAGAGGCUGAUGAUGUGUGGUGGAUUGGAACGCAGAAUUGCAUUCACCGGACAAGAAAUUAUGGGUUUAGAUCCACGCUGGCGACGGAGGCGGCCGUGCGGAAGUUGCGGGGUGUUGGUAUUCUUUGGCGGAUUGGAUGAAAAUGUG